UGUGAAACUCAAACAAGGAGGAGCAUCUGCUAGCUAGGCUUUUACUCGCUUACUUCUCACUUUCAACUUCACGGAAGUUAGCGAGGUAGCUAACUGUGUGACACAACGGUUCGGGGGUCUGUGGAAACGUUGAGCGUUAGCAAACCUUGUGUGUUUGCUUCUUUGCACUGAAGGGUGGCACAGUUUCUAUGGCCCUUGUCUGUAAUCAACUUCCGGCAUAAGCUUGCGGCGACGGUGGUGGAGCUCGAACAGGAAGCCGGGCCAAGACGCUAGAGACUUGAGGAAGUUGCUGCUGCUGUUGCCGCUGCUGCUGUCACCUCUCUCUCGCCAUCAUGACUGAAUUCUUUAUCUGCUUUAGCUGCUGUAUCGCCGAACAGCCUCAACCUAAGAGGAGGCGGCGGAUCGAUCGGUCGAUGAUCGGAGAGCCCACAAACUUUGUCCACACCACACACGUGGGAUCGGGGGACAUGGGCGGGGGACUGUCCUCUGUGGACACCGUGCAACAGCAAAUGAGGUCCAAAGGUGGCUAUGGUAAUAGCGUUUCAGACGGAGUCCAAAUAUAGUCCGGUUCAAACAAGACCAUGGAAACUACUGAUACACAAGUGGCCAUUUUAACUGUGGAAUAGUGAUUCAGAUUGUAGAUCAAAAACACCUGUGGUAUUGAUGAAGUUCUGUCUGUAAAUAUUUUCAUACUGAAAGCACUGCAAUACAUUCGUCGCUAUGCUGGUUGCACUGUACAAAUAGAUACAUAGAUUAUUAGCUGAAUGCUUGUUUAGUUUGUAUUGAUGGCUGAUGUACGAAUGGGGCGGGGUGGUCUUUUUUGUUUUCCUUGCUGUCUUUAUUUUUUCCAGAUUCAUGUGUGCGUGUGUAUUUAUUUUUGGAGUCAUCAAUCAAUUGGUUUUGAUAUUUGUGGCUGGGCCACUUUGGUAUCUUAAGGCACGUUUUCAUUGUGUGUCCCAUUUUUUUAAAGUCAUGUAAUGAAAGAACAAUUUUACGAACAUAGCCACUUGAAUUUUAUACCAUACAAAUUUUUCAGGGUCAUAGAUGAUAAUAUAGAAUUGUCAAAUGGUAGAAUACACUGUUUUACAUGCUCAUUGGCAAAGUGUUGAGCAUGCUUCAGAAAUGUAUUUUUGUACAAAUCUUGAUAUUUUUCUCUGCUGAUGAUCAAAUAAAACUACUUUAAGUAAAGUUAAA